GACCGCUAAUCCAGGAUGUGAAUGUUUCGUUUAGGACGUGCAACUGGCAAAGAUGUUUACAAUAAAUUUAUCCAGCAUUUUUAUUCUCAUUUGCAGUGGCCCUGAAGAAAACAUCUAGAUGAAAGCCGCAGACGUUUAUCUCACGCUUUGUUUGCACUUUGCAUGAGCGGCGGGAAUUGAAUGGUCACUGAUUGCUGUCCUCCGUUGGGAUUGCAGCUUGGCCUGUCAGUGUUCCGCUGUUACAAUCAUGUUUAUUUCAUAAAGAUGGCAACGAGGGGCACCUUAUAAACUAAAUGACUGUCAGAAACAUCGCCUCCAUUUGUAAUAUGGGCACCAAUGCCUCUGCUCUGGAGAAAGACAUCGGUCCAGAGCAGUUCCCCAUUAAUGAACACUAUUUUGGAUUGGUCAACUUUGGAAACACAUGCUACUGCAACUCAGUGUUGCAGGCUCUGUAUUUCUGCCGGCCUUUCAGGGAGAAUGUGUUGGCGUAUAAAGUCCAGCAGAAGAAGAAGGAGAAUCUUCUCACCUGUCUGGCCGACCUCUUCCACAGCAUCGCCACGCAGAAGAAGAAGGUGGGCGUGAUUCCUCCCAAGAAGUUCAUCUCACGGCUGCGCAAGGAGAAUGACCUGUUUGAUAACUACAUGCAGCAGGACGCGCACGAGUUUCUGAACUACCUGCUGAACACGGUGGCUGAUAUCCUGCAGGAGGAGAAGAAACAAGAGAAGCAGAAUGGACGAUUGAAGAACAACGGCACUGCCAUCGCCACAGACACCGAGCCGGAGCAGAACAAGACCGAGCCCACCUGGGUUCACGAGAUCUUCCAGGGCACACUGACCAAUGAGACGCGCUGUCUCAACUGUGAGACGGUCAGUAGCAAGGAUGAGGACUUUUUGGAUUUGUCUGUAGAUGUUGAGCAGAACACUUCAAUAACACACUGUCUCAGGGACUUCAGUAAUACAGAGACCCUGUGCAGCGAGUAUAAAUACUACUGUGAGAUGUGCUGUAGCAAACAAGAGGCACAGAAACGUAUGCGUGUGAAGAAAUUACCUAUGAUCUUGGCUCUUCAUCUGAAGCGCUUUAAGUACAUGGAGCAGCUUCAUCGGUACACUAAACUGAGUUAUCGUGUGGUCUUUCCACUGGAGCUACGCCUCUUCAACACCUCCGGGGACGCCAUCAACCUCGACCGCAUGUACGACCUCGUCGCUGUGGUGGUCCACUGUGGCAGUGGCCCAAACAGAGGGCAUUACAUCACCAUUGUGAAGAGCCAUGGCUUCUGGCUGCUGUUUGAUGACGACAUUGUGGAGAAAAUUGAUGCGCAGGCGAUAGAGGAAUUCUACGGUUUGACCUCUGACAUUUCCAAGAACUCUGAGUCGGGAUACAUUUUGUUUUAUCAGUCCAGAGAAUGAAGGAGCAAAGGGGAACAAAUGAAAAGCAGAGGAAGAACAGAGAGAGAAGAGAUCAAAUAGAGCGUAUAUGUGAAGAUGACAUCCGCUAGAUUCCCUUUCCACAUCCCUCUCCUUUUCCUCAUCUCAUCCUCAGGGUCUCCAGCUGAGACUGAGUGCCAAAAGCCCUCUGUUACCCCAUUUGCCAAUAUGAUCUUCAAAUCUGACCAUUAAGUCAGUCACCUGCAUCUGAAAGGCACUUUAUAAACAAAAAAACGACAAUAAGGAACACAAAAGCAACAUGAAGAGGAAAGAAAUAUUCAACUACAAUACUUGUGAAAACUUGAAGGAAUCAAAAAGCUACAAAAGGAGCGACGAGUCCUAGUACUUUAGCAAGAGUCACUGCUUCUGUUCUGCCCAGGAAAGUGCCUCUCAUCCUGGGUAUCUGAAACAAGGAGAAGGGUUUCUCUCUCUCUCCCUAUCUCAAACCCUGGCUAAAGGUCAGGGACCCAUUUCUCGACACUUUAGAUGUUUUAUACUGUGAUGCCCACCCAUCAGUCUUCAUUCAUACUCAACUCUUAGGGGCUGUUCACACAGAAUUUGUUUUUGCAUUACAUCAAGCUGCUUUUCCAUUGUUUUUCUUUGUCCAGAUGAGCUAGAUGUUUAACUGUUGCAUUCAAGUUUUGCUCUCGAGUUAAAAGAAGUUCAACUUUUUAUGCGUGGGUGGCACGGUGGCUCAGUGGUUAGCACUGUCGCCUCACAGCAAGAAGGUUGCUGGUUCGAGUCCCGGCUGGGCCAGUUGGCAUUUCUGUAUGAAGUUUGCGUGUUCUUCCCAUGUUCUUGUGGGUUUCCUCUGGGUGAUCCGGGUUCCCCCACAGUCCAAAGACAUGCGCUAUAGAUGAAUUGGAUUAACUAAAAUUACCACAGUGUAUGAGUGCAUAUGUGAAUGUGAGAGUGUUUUGUGUUUCCCAGUACUGCAUUGAGGCUGGAAGGACAUUCGCUGCAUAAAACAUAUACUGCAAUAGUUGGCGAUUCAUUCCACCGUGGCGACCCCUGAUAAAUAAGGGACGAAGCCGAAGGAAAAUUAAUGAAUGGACUUGAAUCCAUCAAUUUUUUUUGUUUUGUAACAUUAAUAUUACAGAAUUUAAUAAUAAAAUAAUCCCAGAAUUCCAAAAAAAAAAUUAUGAGUUGCGAUAUUGUUUAAAUGUAAUUAAAACAUGUUCAAUUUAAAAUUUUCAUGAGAUUGAUUAUUUAUACAAGAUGUUGAAUGAUAAUUUAGUGAAGCCAUUUAAAAUAUGGAUUAGUUACAAAUUCAUAUUGAAAAAAAUUGUAUAUUUAGCCUUUUUUAUACCCCAUUUAAACCAAAAAAAACUUGUUCUGUGUGAAUUGCCCCUUAUAUAGUAGCUGGUGAAUCCAUACAUCCUUGUUUAGUCCAGGUCAUCUGAUGGGCUGUUUGCACUGUGUGACCAUUUGUUGUGGAUUUUGGUAUGUUGGUCUUACAUGAGCAAGUGUAUUUGUGUGUGUUUGUGUCUGCAUUUAGACAGUAAAUGCAGACAGCUGCUUUGAAAUGACUUUGAAUUUCAGUCAGAAAUAGUUACUGAGAGAUUUUUCACAGGAUGUCCAAUAUUGAAUUCUUUGCUCUUCUCUAGUAACAAAGAAAAAGGACAGCAUUGCAGGGCUGAAUCACUGCUUUAGUCUCUAUUGCAUCCUUAUCUAGCAUUGUUGUUAUCUAACUUCCACUGUAGGUAAUGGCCUUACACAGACGUGUCUGAUAACAACUUUGUGGUUUGCUGUUGGUGCGUAGUUCAACAAAAUCUGCCUGUCCUGACAGACAAUCCCACAAAUUUUUCACUUUCACUUUUACCUUUAGUUUUUACCCCAGCUGGGUUGAAUGAAGCAAUUCUAAUUAACUAUUUGGCAUAUUGUGGCGGCUAAUUUGUAUGAGUACAUUUGUACAUUACACUCUUAUAUGCCCCAGUCAUAGUUAUGUUUAGGGUUUGAGUUAGUAUAGUCAAGCUUACUAUUUUUUUUUUCUUAAACAUCUCAUAUUUUUGAAAUGAAUUCCUGAAUGGCAUAUGAAUUCAUACGCUUUCUUGUGGUAUGGUCGGUGACUCGGCUGUGGAUGUGCGAUAUUUACGUUACAAUGCCCAUUAGCCACUACCAACAUAGAUACCCAUUAGCCACUACCAACAUAGUGGCUAUUCUUCCUGGGUUCCAACAAAAAAAAUGACAAAUUUACAUCAAAUCAUUAUCAAAAUUCAUACAAUAUAUACAUUAAAUUAAAACGACAGUAACAAAUACCAAAACCAAAAGAGGAAAAUUUACACUAAACCAUAACAAUAGACACCAAUACCACAACCAAACAGACAAAUUUACAUUAAGCCAUAAUUAUAGAAACAAUACAAAAAACAUAAUUUGGAAUUAGUUUAAAGCAUCAGAAGUAUCAAUUAACUAAAAUACUAUGAGUUGGCAUUGUCAAGUACGUCAAAUACUUUACAAAAAAAACACUUCUUAAUGCAUUCACUGCACAUUAAGGUCAAUCAGAAUGCAGUUUGAAUGACUCUGUAAUACUAAUCGUGAAAGGAAAAGAGAGAUUUGUUUGGGUUUGUGUUUUUUAAUUCAUUGUAAGAUUUGAAAUAGUUCAAUAAUACCAAACAAGCAACAAUGCUGCUUUCCUAAAUAUCAGCAUGCGAAUACAACUGCUAGACCGAUACAGUAUAUGAUACCCAUUUUAUUCAACAGUUCUACAAACAAGUUAAUAUUAAGUUCAUAAUUGAGUUAUGAUUUCAGAGAUAACACUGAGUAAGUUUACAUGGACACUAAUAAUCAGAUUUUAAUAUGAUUAAGACAAUACUCUGAAUAAAAGUCUACCAUGUAAACAGAUUUUUUUUUGAUUACCUUAAUUCGAGUGAAGUCGUAAUCAAAAUAAAAAUAAAUCGAAGUAAGACGUGGAGUAUUCCUAUUUUAGUCGCAUUAUUGAAGUUCAGUACAGUCAUGUAAACACCUUGAUCAAACUAUUACCAUCAUGUAGGACUUUUGGCAGUGUUUUGCGACAGGAUUUUCCAUACACACAUGGCUGUUUGACACUAUUUUCUGCACCUACCGAGUCAGUUUGACACAGAGGCAUGAAUGAAAUAUUUCUUAAUAAAAGUGUAAGUGCCGAACUGCAGUUUAAAAAUUUAAAAUGAAACACCGAAAUUACUUGAAACUCUGGAGGAAACGUGGAUAUCGUGGUGAUGCAAUGACGUUAAGUGAUCUAUGUGCUGUAACAUGUAAAAUGGGAUCAUAAAAGGAACAUUCAAAAAGCAACUCAUGUAAACACCUUAAUCAUAUUAUAGUCUAAUUAAGCUUAAGGCUAAUAAUUUGAUAACUGAUGUCCAUGUAAAUGUAGUCACUGUCUCAGUAGUUUCGCCAAUGAAAAUAGCUCCAAGCCAGGCUGGAGUGGAACAUUUUUACCAACUCAAAAUUAUUAAAAUAAUUGGAAAAAAAAUGUAUGAUCCAAUAAAUAUUGAAAAACAACAAUAUUGUUAGUAUCGCACACCCCUAGUCUCAGCUUCACUUUUCCCCUCUGCCUCAAUUUUCUCUCUGUCCUCAAUUCUGCUACCUUUUCUAGAUGAAGCCGGAAAAAAAUAAUACACACACACACAAAAAUCCCCUUGUAAACUUGCUUUUUUUACAUGAAGUUGGGUUGGUUGAGUCCAUGAUUUAAAUUCACCUUUUCUUCCCCUUAAUAGAUAUUUUAUACACAAGAUGAUGUGGCAUUUCAUUUUAUCAAUACUUGUUAAAAUAUGGAAGGUCAAGGACAUUUUAGAAGAAACUUGAAAUGCAACCACAGCCUUGACAUUACUGCAAUGCGGUAUGUAAAGUAUCUGAUAUAGGAUGUUGCUUAAGAACAUGCACACAAUUAUUGUGGCAUUAAUCUGAGAGGGCUUUUAAUAUUUAAUAUACAUUGUACUGUUAGGAGAGCGUCUGCCUUUGGAUAAAUUAGGAGUUUUAUCGAAGGCAGUGCAGGGAAGUGUACGAACAUUUCAUUUUGUAUAUAUAUAUAUAUGGAAGUGGCUGACUUAAGAUGAAGGGAAAUGAUGUGCAAUAUAGGGAUAAAAUAAACAUUCCAUGCUCAAUGUUUUUAGCACAUUUAGAUUUUUUAUUUCAUUUGUAAUUAAUCUCACAGCAACACUAAUGACGAGUACUCCGCUUUUUUUAAUGUAUAGCUUUUUAUGUGUAAUUUAGGUAACAUUUACUAAUUUAUUCUCUCAGAAAUACCUUUAAUUAAGUAACUGUACUCUGAGUGGAAAUAGCCCAUGACUGAAGUACAUUUUGUUUUUUCUACCUUUUCUGCACAUUCAUCAUGACACUAUAGAUAAGCAGAAAAGAAACUGGUGGACAGGUGUUUUCUAGAUUCGUUCAUUACUCCACAUGUGCUCUAGUACCCUUUGUAGGGCUGUAUUUUUACACUCCUCUACGUCAUUAUAUGUUAAAGCCAAACUACAUGCAAUACCGAUGUAUGAACACUGUAACAACACGAUGUGAGAUUGACUAUGCAGUGUUUGUCCUGUUGUUUCUCAAGGCUUGACAGAUGCUGACUUUAUUUUUUUUGGGGGGGGGGAUGAUAGCUUUUUUAUUUUUCAUUUGCAUUUCCCAAAUGGCUGGUUCUCAAAAUAGGCAGCGUAUGUUGCUGUUUUGGGUUGUUUUAUUGGUACCUAGGCCAUUGCUGCAUUCCAAUUCACAUACUGUACUUAUGUACAUAUUCUAGUUGGCUAUUCUAGUUGGCUAGAUAUUGAUUAACAGUCAUUCUAACAACUUUACCGAAGCCUCUGUAUUUGACGGUUAGUCUCGCGCGUCCGCCAUGUUUGUAGUUUGUUUACACUUUUCAGCCGCGUUUGUAGUUCCACCUCCAGGUACAACGUGCAAUGUUAGCGGUUAGAGUAUGGACGCUUUAACACUUAGUAUAACACAGUAAACCAUCCUAGAACCUUUGGCAUACUCUUUUACUUUGAUUUGGGACAUACUAAUUCAAUUUUCGAAUACUUUUUAGGACGAAUAGUGUGCGAAUUGGGACGCAGCAACUGUUUCUCUUCCCAUGGCUGUUGUUUUGGAGAUCAAAAAUGUGCCAAAAUUGUUGUGGGAAUCUCACACUCCUUGGAACUGGAAAACGGAAGAGAUAUAUUUGUGUCAUGAACUGUACAUAAAUAUUAUGUAGACACGUUAAGUUAUAUUUUGUAAAACACUAGAUGAUUCUGUUUUUAAAAAAUGACCUGUUAUUUGCAUGGGGAAGCCACGGAUGCAAAUAAAGGAAGAGUUUUGUCACAGAUGAUUUCGAUCAGGUCCCUUGUGGUGACCUGGUUGGUUUUGUUGUUCUGUAGCAUAGCCUGAACUAAAAGUACUGUAACUGCUUAAUACUGUGGAUCGAAUCCUCACACAAGAACAUCUGGGUUUAUGUCACUUUUUACAGUUACACACCAUGUAUGCAAAAAACACACCUAUCUGUUUUGUCCUCCUUUUAAUGUGUGUGUUUUUAGGUCCAGAAGAAGAGAUGUACAAUGUGUGUGUUUGUGUGUCUGAGAGAGAAACACCAGGACUCGAACUCUACGGUGUGAUAACUGGUGUGAUAACUGUAAGUGCACUUUAUCAUAGCAGAACCAAAAAGGUUUCUCAUGGGAACUGGAAUCCUGACUGAGAUUCUUUUGGUUUGUUUUCCUUUCCUCAAUAAAUGAAACACGACUUUA